GAAAAGCCUAGAAAGAUGGGUGCGAAGCGCCUUGAAUUUCUAGUCUUGAUAAAUAAAUACUAAAAUAUUUUAACAGAAACUUAUAUUUUAACUGUAUCCGUAAGAUUAUUUUACAUUGUACAAUUUCUAGUACACCAUUAGAUCACGUAAAAAGUUAUCUUUUUUCAUUCAAAGAACUAAACAAUACCAGACAACAGUAGCGUCUACUUGUGAUAUUUGAUCCUGCCAGUCUGUUUUGGAAUCUCUUUUUUUGGUUGAAAUUAAUUCCUAAAAUUGUUUCGUAAACCGUUAUCGACCACCAAAACAAAAUGUCGAUUAGAUGAUCACCAUUUAUUUGUCAAGUUGUUUCGAAAUAUGAAAAUUAUGUUCCGUGGUUUUUGUUUCAUUUAAAUAAUCUAUCAACUGGAACGGUAUUUUUUUUGUUUAAAACCUUUAGUUUCAGAUAAACUAUGUAUUAAAUAUGGCAGAAACGGCUAAAAAGCGGAAACGUACAAAGAAGGCGUUUUUUGAUGAUUCUGAUGACGAUUUCUCUGAACCCACUCCUCAACUUCACCAGGAAUCAAAGCCGACGAAAUUGAAGAAGAAGAAGACUGAUAAAUCUUCAAUUGUCUAUACAUCAACCCAAGCCAAUUUAAACGGGUCCCCAAGAAGGAAGGAACGGCUUAGUCUAGACGAGAAAAGAUUCCAGAAAGAGUUGUUUGAUGCACUCCGACUCUCUGCGAGCGAUACAAACUCAUCAUGUAAUAAGUUUUUAAAUUAUCAAAUAUUUCUUGAAUCUACGAAUAUUUUGUUAAUUCACAUUAUAUUCCCUGAGAUCCUCAAAUAUUACAGAAAUGAACGAACAUUUUUAAAGUCCUGAUCAACAUUUUUCAAA